CCCGCCCCGGCCAGGGACCGGUCCACUACUCCCGGUUCCUUUUUCUCUCGACGUCACCCGUCGCCUGCCACGUUUCAGUGCUCUAAUCUCGUCGACGACGCCUGCUCACGAUCCCUGUCACGCCGAGGUCCCGCCACCGCCGCCGAUUCCGAAGGAAUCUCUCUCCCUCUCUUUUAAGCUACUAGCUCGUGGUUUCAUCUGUUGCUACGGCAAGUUACUCAGGGAAUGGCACCAUAGGGUUGCCAAAGGUAUGGUCGACCAAAAAUUUGGUUGUACAGAGACAAAGUUACCAAUGACCCAAUGGGUGAUGCAACAAUUACAUAUAAGGAUCCUCAUGCUUUUGUUGAAUGGUUCUACAACAAGGAUUUUCAUGGAGCCCCCAUUGAAGUACAUAUAGCAGAGUCAAAAACCAAAGAUUUGAAUGAUCAUUCAUAUGCUCAACAGAAUGGCUUUGAAGCAAAUUCAAGCAUGGUACCUGGGGUGUAUGAUGAUGUGGAUCGUGGUGGAGGUAGAGGUAGAGGUCGUGGUGAUGCUUCAGGACAGUCAUGGCAGAAAGAUGGUUACUGGAUGUGUCCAAAUACAAGGUCUUUGGUAUGACAAUGCUCGACCUGCUGGUGCUGGUGGAACAGGUGCUGUUGGUGGUAGAGGGAGGGGCCGUGGUGGUGGUGAUACUGGGGAACGUGCCCAUCAUGUUGGUGGUUCUAUGGGGCUCUUUGGUUCAAAUGACUGGCCCUGUCCAAUGUGUGGGAACAUUACCUGGGCAAAGUGCAUGAAGUGCAAUAUAUGUAACACCAACAAGUCAGGUCACAGUGAGUGUGGUGUGAGAGGAGGCUGUGCUGGUGGAUACAAGGAACUUGACGAAGAAGAGAUGGAGGAAACAAGGCGACGAUGGAGAGAAGCUGAUGAGGAUGAUGGGGAAAUAUAUGAUGAAUUUGGCAACCUUAAGAAGAAAUUCCGUGCAAAAACACAACAGGCUGAAUCUGGACAGAUGGUUCCUGGUUCUGGACGUGCUGGAUGGGAGGUUGAUGAGACAGUUAUGACUGGGAGACAUGGUAUGGAUAAAAGCAGAGACCGCUACAGAGAUAGCAACAAGCGAGAAAGCAGCAAGAACCGAGAAAUAGAUGGUCCUGAGAGGGAAAGGCGCUGCAGCCGAAGCAGAGAAAAGGAGAGGGAGUGUGAGAAGGAAAGGGGGAGAGUUUCAGAUACAGAGCACUUGGUACAAAAGAUGUUGGUGAUUGGUAGUAGUGCUUAACCAACCCUAGAUUUGAUUACUGUGCAUUCUCUUGAUAUCACAGCGUUGAAGUUUUGUUAUUCAAACUGUCUUAUGUUGCCUGUACCUGGAAGCUUUAUGCUAAAAUUCUCAGUUCCACACUUAUUUCCUGCAGUUCUUUGUUCUA